AUGAAGCGAAACAUAAGUACGUUACUUUCGGUCAUAGUUUGUUUAAUUGCCACAACAGUCACGUCGCCGACUACUAAUCUGAUCAAAGAUUACAUCAAAUACGUCAACGUUAAAACUGUAUUGUUCAUCAGCUGUGAAAGUACCACUAAAUUGUUGGAAAAGGUCACAAAACUUCAUAGCACCGACACUUAUGUGAAUGUGUGGAGCAUAAGCAACGAAAGUGUCGCUUCCAAUGCAUUCAAUUUCACUCAAUUCUUUGUUCGUCCGAAGGGUUCUCAUGCAAUUAUAGUCGAUUUAGGCUGCGAGAAAAUUAAGAGUUUCCUGGGUCAAUCAUCGCAAGAAGUGUUGUUUCAUUCCGAAAGGGCUUGGCUAAUGUUUUCUAAAAGUAUUGGUCGAUCGUAUGUUAUUUUGGGACAGGAAAACAUCAACCUGGACGCAGGUGUUACUUUAGUUACCCGUCUCAACAAUAGUGAGUACCAAAUAAGCGACGUCUACAAUCCCAGUAAAUUGCGAGGAGGUCGACUCAACAUAACAACGAUCGGUACUUGGGGAAGAAAUCGUCGAUUUACUUUGAUCACUGAACAGACCAGGAUCGAGAGACGACGAGACCUCGGUGGUUUGACAUUAUUGGCUACUGUAACGUUGCCGUCACCGAUACCACACAAUCAAACAUUCAUGGAACAUCUAGAGUCCAGUGAAUUAACACAAAUUAAUAGUCUCGAUCGAAGUACCUACAAACUGUUUAAAUUGAUGAUGGAAAUACAUAAUUUCAAAGUGUUGAUUCAUCGAACGGAUCACUGGGUGACGGUAGACUCUAGGGGACAUUGGACGGGUACAUUGGGUAUGGUACAGCGAGGCGAAGUAGAUUUUGCAAUGACUGGAGCUCGACAUCAAGAUGAUAGAUAUGGACAAGUGGAUGCAACAGCAGAUUCUUAUUACGUUCAAUUGAAAUUCUUAUUUCAACAUCCGAAAUCUAUUUCUUCAUCUGUGUUUCUAUCACCUUUAAAUGAGGUCGUGUGGAUAGUUCUCGUUCUAUUCGGGUUAUUUACUGCGGCUAGUUUGAGACAAUCAUUUCUGCUUGAGAAUAAACGACAGUGCACAGACUACACCUACAGUAACUCCUUUUUAAUAGUUUUCGGGAUAUUGUUUCAACAAGGCCACAGAGGAUCAACAAAUUAUGUGUCGUCAAAAGUCUUUGUCAUUUCAGUUUUGUUGUUAUCGUUUCUGAUGUUUCAAUUCUAUUCGUCAUUCAUUAUAUCUUCACUGCUAAUCGAACCACCAAAGACAAUCAAAACGAUGAGACAGUUGGCGCACAGCAAAUUGAAAUGUUAUGCCGAUGAUGUACCGUAUGUGCUCGACAAUUUAAGACACUCUCAGGACGAAUCGGCCAACGAGAUAUACCAGCAAAUAAUGCAUGAUGCAGGAACGAGAAUUGUGAACGUUCAGAAAGGUUUGGACUUGAUGAAAGAACACGGGUAUGCGUUGACCACCGAUGUCAGUUACGCAUAUCCAAAAUUGAAAGCAAUUUUAACGGACAAACAAAUAUGUAACUUACAAGAAGUAUCAUACAUCCAAGGCAUCUACGGCUAUCCAGUCGUUCCAAUGAAAUCUCCGCUAAAGGAAUUGAUUAAAUUGAGCCUUAGGAAGUUUCACGAGACUGGUAUAAUGAGCCACCAUUGGGACAUAUGGAUCGGAAAAAAGCCCAAGUGUAACAAGUCAAACAUUGAGCUAGUGCAGGUGGAUUGGGCGCAUUUCGUUUCAUCUCUGUACGUACUCGCAACGGGAAUCACAACAAGCAUUGGUUUUCUAUCAAUUGAAGUGUUUACGAAUUGGUACUGUACGAGAAAAACAAAACGUUUACGACGUUCAGCGCCAUUUUGUUGGAUUAAAUGUUAAAUGUUUGGAUAGAAAUUUUCUUUUCGCUUAGAAUAAAAUCAUCCUCAAUUUGAGGACC